AUGCUAUUUCCACAGUUGACUAGAGUGGCCGCAAGAGUGGCGUCCAGAAGAGCGUUUUCCGCGUCUUCCAAGCAGUGCGGUGCUCAUUUCAAAGAAGGUGUGUACACGAACAUUCCAGUGAAAGUACACAACCGUAAGAUUCCUUUUGCUCUGAUUCAUUUCGGGUGGUUCACGCUGGGGUUUUUGGUUCCUUUCAUCUCGUCGUAUGUGCAGUUGAAGAAGUCCGGUGUGUUGUAA